GCCGUAGCAAGCAAAAAUGCAUUAAUCACGCCAAAAGUGUAUUAUGCCAUCCUUGUCACGUGACGUGUUUUUUUGAAAAUGGAUGCAGCACUUGCCUCCCCGAUUUUGAACCUAGAAAGCCCCCAAAAAUCAAAACCUUCCCCUCCUCGACUCUCUCUUUCGCUCUCUCUAUUUCCGUACGAGUCUGUGUUUGUGAAUCGAAGCAGCCAUGGAAAUCAUACUCACAGAGUGUGUACAGCACAGUCUUCGCGAUUUCAUGUACAGCAACGCCAUUUUCAUCUGCGAGCGUCUAUGUGCUGAGUUCCCCUCUGAGACAAAUUUGCAGUUGUUGGCCAGCUGUUACUUGCGCAAUAAUCAGGCUUACUGUGCUUACCAUAUUUUAAAGGGAACACGAAUGGCUCAGUCCCGCUACCUGUUUGCGAAAUCAUGCUUUCAGAUGGAUUUGCUUAAUGAAGCUGAGGCAGCAUUGUGUCCUGUUAAUGAGCCAAGUGUAGAGGUUCCAAAUGGUGCAGCUGGUCAUUACCUACUUGGGCUUAUUUACAGGUACACUGAUAGAAGGAAAAGUGCCAUCCAACACUUUAAACAAGCUUUGUCUAUAGAUCCUUUAAUGUGGGCUGCAUAUGAGGAGCUUUGUAUAUUAGGUGCUGCAGAUGAGGCAUCUGUUGUUUUUGGUGAAGCAGCUGCUCUUUGCAUGCAAAAGCAGUAUCUACAUCAUGGAUCAGGUUCCCAAAAUAUGCAUGAAACCAAUGAGGAUCAUAACUUAGUUUCUGCGAGGAACUUUGGCUUGGAAGAUGUCAGUCCCAGACAAUUGAAACUUAUGCAAGGAAAUAAUGUGAGAGACAUCCCUGGAAAUUAUCAUGGCGCUACUAUUUCAGGAGCUUCUAGUCAGCCUCCGAGUGGAAUGUCCAAUGUAUCAUUUUAUAAUACACCAUCACCAAUGGGAACACAGUUGUCUGGUGCUGCUCCACCACCUUUGUGUAGAAAUUUCCAGCAAAAUGGCCCAAACGUAACCAUGCUGGGUGCUGAUAGCUCGCCUAAGUCAACUGUAAAUUCUACCAUACAAGCCCCUCGAAGAAAAGUUGUAGACGAAGGAAAAUUGCGAAAGAUUUCAAGCAGGUUGCUAUUUGAUUCUGGCACUCGACGGAGUACAAGACUUUCUGGAGAAGCAGGGGCCAAUACUAAUGCAGCUUCCACAGUGGUAUCUGGAAAUGGAACUAGCAACUCAUCUAAAUAUCUAGGAGGGUCCAAACUGAGCUCUAUGGCAUUACGUUCUGUAACAAAUCGUAAGGGACAGGCUUGGGCCAAUGAAAACAGUGAUGAUGGAAUGCGCAAUGAGAAUUUUGACGAUUCUCGUACAAAUAUAACUUCAGCAGCUUCUGCUUCAUCAGCUUCUGGUGGUGCUAGAUCCCUUGAACUUGAAGGAGCAACCAUGCCUGUUGGUGGCGUUUCCAUGAAUGGUUCUAGAGUCUAUUCUGGAAUGUCAGAAAUAUUGGGCCUUUUGGGAAUUCUUGGGGAAGGUUAUAGACUUUCUUGCAUGUACAGGUGCCAGGAUGCAUUGGAUGUCUAUCUAAAACUUCCACAUAAGCACUAUAAUACAGGCUGGGUGCUUUCCCAGGUUGGAAAAGCAUAUUUUGAGUUGGUAGAUUAUUUAGAAGCCGAUAGAGCCUUCAAUCUUGCCCGUAGGGCAGCACCUUACAGUGUAGAAGGAAUGGAUAUAUAUUCUACAGUUCUUUAUCAUUUGAAGGAAGAUAUGAAAUUGAGUUACCUGGCUCAAGAACUGAUAUCAACUGACCGCUUAGCUCCUCAGUCUUGGUGUGCCAUGGGAAAUUGCUAUAGUUUGCAGAAAGACCAUGAAACAGCUCUGAAAAAUUUUCAGCGAGCUGUUCAACUUAAUUCAAGAUUCACAUAUGCACAUACGUUGUGCGGUCAUGAAUAUGUAUCACUGGAGGAUUUUGAGAACGGAAUUAAGAGCUACCAGAGUGCCCUUCGUAUUGAUGCCAGACAUUAUAACUCCUGGUAUGGGCUUGGAAUGAUAUAUCUUCGCCAAGAGAAGUUUGAAUUCUCAGAGCAUCACUUUCGUAUGGCUUUCCAAAUAAAUCCACGUUCGUCUGUUAUUAUGUCUUAUCUUGGUACAUCAUUACAUGCAUUAAAGAGGAGUGAGGAGGCCUUGAUGAUGAUGGAGAAAGCUAUUUUAGCAGAUAAGAAGAAUCCUCUUCCAAUGUAUCAGAAGGCCAAUAUACUCAUGAGCUUGGAAAAUUUUGAUGAAGCCCUAGAAAUCCUGGAGGAGCUUAAAGAAUAUGCCCCUCGUGAAAGCAGUGUUUAUGCUUUGAUGGGUAAGAUCUACAAGCGGCGUAACAUGCAUGAGAAAGCAAUGCUUCAUUUUGGUCUCGCGUUGGAUUUGAAACCUUCUGCAACUGAUGUUGCUACAAUUAAGGCCGCUAUUGAAAAGUUGCAUGUACCAGAUGAAAUAGAAGACAACUUGUAGGGCUAAUUGCCAAAAUCUGCAGUAAAAGAGCAUGAUGUAAAUAAUCAAACUCGAGAACAUUUUGCCCCGAGGAAUCUAGCCUGCUUUUACUUCUAACAAAUGCUGGAUGCUUGAGGGCUUAUUUCAUUGUGCUGAAACAAUUUCAGUCGGCAUACGAUCUCCAUUUUGUUAGGUGAGUCAUGUACUAACAGAGGACCUGAUGUAACAAAAACAAUGAAAGCUGCCUCAACUGUACGAUUAGUUGUAAAAUGAUUUGAGGGAAAAAAAAAAAAAAAAUUGCUUGUACCAUUAGGCGCAGCCACACUUGUCCAUAAUUGUAGCCUUUUUUUUUUUUUUUUUUUUGUUUUAACAGUUGAGUUCAUAAUUUUAGUUUGCUUGGCCAUUCUUCAGAGUUCCAAAAUCGUUUAAACCUUGUAUCCAAAUUGCAGAGGAAAUUCAUUCUGUUAUUUUCUUAUCAAACUUCAAUGACCUGUUUUUAUACCAA